UGUGGGUCCACUUACUUAUAUUACUUUUUUAAUAGUAAAUACAACAGUACUACAUGAUCCGAGGUCUGUUGAAUCCAUGGAUGUGUAAUUGUAGAUACAGAGGAACCACGAGUGUAUGGAGGGCUGACUAUAAGUUCUACACAGGUUUUCAACUGCACAGAGGGUGGGUGCCCCUAACCCCCACGUUGUUCAAAGGCCAAUUGUAUUUUUUUUCCUUUUUCUCCAGUGGUGUAUUGUAUUCUCCCUUCAGGAGGGCUGGACUCUGCAAGUUCUCUCUUGUGGGUGAGUACCUGGCUACUUCAACACUCACCUAAUUCUUGCUCAACAGUAGCAAGAGGCGUCCAGGAAGUCUCACUGGCUCUGCUGGUUCCACAGUUUGUAUGGAGGUAAGAAGAAUGAACAAGGUGCCUUAAAAAACAUAAAAGAAGGGGCUUCCCUGGUGGCGCAGUGGUUAAGAAUGCCUGCCAAUGCAGGGGACACGGGUUCGAGCCCUGCACCUGGAAAAUCCCACAUGCCACGGAGCAGCUUGAGCCCGCGUGCCGCAACUAAUGAAGCCCACGCGCCAAGAGCCCGUGCUCCAGAACAAGAGAGGCCACCGCAAUGAGAAGCCCGCGCACCGCAAUGAAGAGUAGCCCCCGCUGCUGCAACUAAAGAAAGCCUGUGUACAGCAUCGAAGACCCAACACAGCCAAAAAUAAUAAAUAAAUUUAAAAAAAUUUUUUUUAAACCCAUAAAAGAAGGAUAUUUGGAAUAUUCUUGAAGGUUAGGGGCCAAUUCCCAGAAGCAAUGAUAACUAAAGACAGGUUACACUAACCCAGCCCGGUGAAGAUCUCUGGAGACCAUGACCAAGAAAAGAAUUGCUGUGAUUGGGGGAGGAGUGAGUGGGCUCACGUCUAUCAAGUGCUGCCUGGAAGAAGGCUUGGAGCCCGUGUGCUUUGAAGGGACUGAUGACAUUGGAGGGCUGUGGAGGUUUCAGGAAGAACCUGAAGAAGGAAGGGCCAGUAUUUACAAGUCAGUGAUCAUCAACACUUCUAAGGAGAUGAUGUGCUUCAGUGACUAUCCCAUCCCAGAUCACUAUCCUAACUUCAUGCACAACUCCCAGGUCCUGGAGUAUUUCAGGAUGUAUGCCAAAGAAUUUGACCUUCUAAAGUACAUUCGAUUUAAGACCACCGUGUGCAGUGUGAAGAAGCAGCCUGAUUUCUCCACUUCAGGUCAAUGGGAGGUGCUCACGGAAUCUGAAGGGAAAAAGGAGGUGAAUGUCUUUGAUGGAGUUAUGGUUUGCAGCGGCCAUCACACCAAUGCUCACUUACCCUUGGAAAGCUUCCCUGGAAUUGAGAAGUUCAAAGGACAGUACAUCCAUAGUCGAGAUUAUAAGAAUCCAGAGAGUUUCACUGGAAAGAGAGUCAUUAUAAUUGGCAUUGGGAAUUCUGGAAGCGAUCUGGCUGUGGAAAUUAGCCACACAGCCAAGCAGGUUUUCCUCAGCACCAGAAGAGGGGCUUGGAUCUUCAAUCGUGUUGGAGAUUAUGGAUAUCCUAUUGAUGUGUUAUUCUCUUCUCGAUUUAAAUAUUAUAUAAAGAAGAUUUGUGGUCAAUCAUUAGCAAAUAUAUUUUUGGAAAAUAAGAUGAACCAAAGGUUUGAUCAUGAAAUAUUUGGCCUGAAGCCUAAACACAGAGCUCUGAGUCAGCAACCAACCAUAAAUGAUGAUCUGCCAAACUGUAUAAUUUCUGGCUUGGUGAAGGUGAAAACAAAUGUGAAGGAAUUCACAGAGACAGCAGCCAUAUUUGAGGAUGGCUCCAGGGAAGAUGACAUUGAUGCUGUUAUCUUUGCUACAGGCUAUAGCUUUGCCUUUCCUUUUGUUGAAGAUUCUGUCCAAGUAGUCAAAAACAAGAUAUCUCUGUAUAAAAAGGUCUUCCCUCCUAACCUAGAAAAGCCAACUCUUGCAAUCAUAGGCUUGAUCCAGCCCUUGGGUGCCAUUAUGCCCAUUUCAGAGCUCCAAGGACGCUGGGUCACUCAAGUAUUUAAAGGGUUAAAGACAUUGCCUUCACAAAAUGAAAUGAUAAAAGAAAUAGCUAAGGUUCAAGAGGAUAUGGCCAAAAGCAAAACAUCUCUAUUUUCUCAAUGAAGAAACUACCUUCAACUUUCUAGGCUUACGGAUCAUUCUAACAAUCUAGCAGCUGCCAACAUGUUCAACUUAGCUGGAAAACUUGGGAUUUUAAAUGAGCUGUCCAGUCUUUUUUGAUCUCUUAGUUCCUGUGUUAGGAUACAAGACUUUAUCUUAGGAACUAUGAUAAGUAGUCAUGCACUGUGGUGUGGCCUACAAAUGUGAUUGGAUUUUCUCCUCCCAACUCCUACUUUCUCCCCUCCUCACCCUCCCACACAGAGAAUCUAAGUAAUAAGUAUUCAAAGAAGUCAGUUAUGUAAUAAAUUAGGAUUGAUAACAACUAAAUAUAGGGGUAUUCUCCUUAUAAUAGUUCUUCUUAUGUCACACACUAUAGUUAUGAAAAACAAAGCAAAUGAAAUGAAACCAAGGACUCCAGUUUAUGUCCAAGUGCUGCUGUUGAUUCUGUUUUCUCAUCCCUAUAAGUUUUGCUCUGUUCUUGUCUGUCAGAGUAGUUAACUAAAUGUUAGAUGUCUGGCACACCUAAUUUCAUGAAGAAAGGAACUGGAUGUACCAGCCAAGUGUGUUCAUAAAUAAGCUGUGGUGUAAUACAUUUGGGAUUGCUACCUAUUGCUUAACCAAAAAAUAAAUUUGAACAACUGGAAGAACAACAUUAGAAAUCAUUAUCUUUCCCAAUGUACAAUAAAUAAGAGAACCAGAAAUGUGAGAACUACAACUUCCUCCUAAUCAUGUAACUGUUUGUACAAUUCCCUGCUAUUUCACCUGUGGAAAUGCUUUUUGAGAAUUAGAAGGUCUUUUUUCUUCCAUAAUUCUUGUGAUAGUGGGGAUUUAUCCUCUAUUGAAAUGGACCUAGUAUCUUUUUUUUUUUUUUUUUUUUUUUUUUGCGGUACGCGGGCCUCUCACUGUUGUGGCCUCUCCCGUUGCGGAGCACAGGCUCCGGACGCGCAGGCUCAGCGGCCAUAGCUCUCGGGCCCAGCCGCUCCGCGGCAUGUGGGAUCUUCCCGGGCCCGGGGCACGAACCCGUGUCCCCUGCAUCGGCAGGCGGCCUCUCAACCACUGCGCCACCAGGGAAGCCCCUGGACCAGUAUCUUUUAAUCUGCAGACUCUUCUAAUUCAAAAGUAAAUUGAAAGAUGCUUCUUUUUCAUUUCCUUCUUUUAACAAAUAAAUUUGCCUCUUUCAGCAUGUGUCUGUUGAAUUAAAGUCCUUUGAUAAUGUAAUCCCUAGUUAUCAGCAAUAAGUACCCCAGUUUCCUC